AUGACUGUUACCUAUUCAUUGGAUGUGUCGUCUUCAUCCUUCUGGUGCUUACAUAAGCUGUUGUUUCGAUGGAAGGGAUCAAUAUGGAAAUGUGUUUGGUCAGAGUUAAUUGUCUGGUUAUCCUUAUAUACAAUUCUUAGUACCAUGUACCGCUUAGCGUUGAAUCCUGAACAGAGACUGAUAUUCGAAGAUGUUUGUAUUUUCUUCGAAACAUAUUCUGGCUUCAUUCCAAUUACGUUUAUGCUUGGUUUUUAUGUGAAUGCCGUCUUCACUCGCUGGGGAAAAAUAUUCGAUAACAUUGGUUGGAUCGACACGCCGGCGUUGAUGAUCACACAAGCAAUACAAGGGUCAUCCGAGCGUACCCGAAUAAUUCGAAGAAAUUGUUUGAGGUACAUGGUUCUAACUCAAGCGAUUGUCUUCCGCGAUGUUUCAAAAGCUGUUCGUAAACGUUUUCCCACCAUGUUCCAUUUGGUAACCGCAGGAUUAAUGACUGAGAGUGAAUUGGAUCAUUUCGAAAACGUAGUUAGUCCUCACAAGAAGUACUGGCAACCCAUGCACUGGCUCUUCAGUAACAUCAGAAUAGCUAGAGAUGAAGGAUAUGUGAAAAGCGACAUUGUUUAUGUUGACUUAGUAUCUAAAAUACGCGAUUUUCGUUCUCAAGUAUUGAAUCUGACCUUGUAUGACUGGGUGCCUGUUCCACUCGUAUACACUCAAGUUGUUCACUUGGCUGUUCGAUCAUUUUUCGCCAUUGCCUUAUUAGGUAGACAGUAUCUGAAAACAAGUAGGAAUCCAGAUGAAAUCGGAUUGAAACAAACGAUUGAUUUGUACGUUCCAGUCAUGACUAUUCUUCAAUUCAUCUUUUUCGUCGGUUGGAUGAAGGUUGCGGAAGUUUUGCUUAACCCAUUGGGAGAAGAUGAUGAUGAUUUCGAAGUAAAUUACAUCUUAGAUCGUAAUUUACAGGUUGGGUUGGCUAUGGUUGAUGGAGCCCACAAUAAGUUCCCUACUCUUGAGAAAGAUCAUUUCUGGGAAGAUUUAGUAGCAGAACCACUGUACACUAUCGAAAGUGCAGCUCGACCUAGUAAUCCACAAAUAGGAAGUUGUGCUAACCUUGAGGGAACAGAAGAUGAUCAUUACAUGUUACGUCCGAGAAGACACACGUCAUAUUCAUCAAAAAUCAACCUAGAUUAUGACGAGAGCGAUAUUGUCCGAGUGCAAGGGUUGGACAAAAUCCGUAAAAGUGGAAGCAUCUAUAAUUCCGGUGAAUCAUUGGCCGCAUCUCAAUCAUUCGCUGUUCCGACUAGGAAACUGAGUGAGAUGUUCAAACGAUUGAAAGGGGGUCGACCAAGUAUUUCCUUGAGCACUAAACGAGCUCUGUCACGUGGAGAAGGUGUGAGUGAAGAAGGUGCCGUCAGAUCAACGAGCUUUGAUUCAAUGGAUCGCUUCGAUGAAUCAUUUCAUAAUGGAGUUGCUCCUCCGCCUCCGCCAACUCAACAUUCAGCUUUGACUCCUUUGAGUUUCAGCAAUAGUUCAAACUCGUUAAGUGCAGAUCAAUCACAACAAGGGGAAACCAGUCCAGGGAUCGAUGGAUCGAAGAACAUGAUCUGGACCGUCGAUGAAAUGCUGCCAAUUAUUGAAGAAGAAGAGCAUGAGAAGAGACGUCACUCUGAUGGAGAUUCAUUCCACAGUGGGCAAUCUACUGGUACUUCAUCAACUUCCAUUCACGUAAAGACUCAUAAAGAUGAAGUUCAACGAAAUAACGUAGAAGCUGAUGUUGAUAAAAUCAACAACACGAAUGAACUGAAAGACAAGAACCUGAAAAAAGACGGAAAAGCGAAAAAGAUAUUCAAAAAGCACGACACCGACCGUGAGGAUGACGUGACUGUUAAAGCGGACGAUUCAGCAACAAAUAAAUCGGAUUCGGGAUCAACGAAGACCCCGACAACAACAUCCAAGUCACCUACCACGUCAUCUGCACGAAGACACGAUCUUAGAAGUAAAUCGGAAGCCCAUAAGAAACGACGACGCUUUACAAGUGAGUGA